AUGAAGCGAGUUUUGCGCCUUGCCUUCAUAUUUUUGUCUGCAUUAUGUAUUUUAAUCGAUGGAUCACAUUUUCGUGGUGGUAUUAUUUCAUGGCGUCCCUUAAACAGCAUACCAACGGGUAGCACUGCACAAAUUCUUAUACAUCAAAGGUAUUUUUGGAAUCGACAAUGGGUCUCUUUUCCUAACCCGAAUUGCACGGAAGCGACUGUCACUGCUCAAACACCUAUUCCAGUCAAUUCUUAUAUGACCUGUUUAGGAAACUGCUCAAGUUCUAACUAUUCUUCAACUGGACUUCCAACCAUUAUGACAAGUACAGAUUGUGAUGCGAACCCGAUCAUUGAAACAUGGGCUGGCGAACGCUAUGAUACUUUAGCACUGCCUUUGAUAACAUCGAUUACAAUUGGCUUUGUUUCUAGUGGGUGGUUAAACACACUCUAUAUUGGUGCUGCGUCUCCAUGGUCAAUUGUUAGUCGAAUUGAUUUAGGCCUGAGACCUGAUGGUUUAAUUAAUUCCAGUCCUGUUACAAAUACAUUACCAGUAGUAUUUUGCCAAAGGGCUGUAACAGUAGUUCAUAGUAUACAAAUGGCAGAUAACGAUGGUACUGAUAUAUUGAAAUGUCGUUGGUCCAAUUCAAAUUCGACGUAUAAUUACAAUCGCUAUGAUGAAUGUGGAGGUAUCUGCAGUGGAUUACCUUCUGGAACUACCCUCACCGGAUCCAAUUGCACAUUAAGUUUCAUUUUACCAAUUGCUAAUCUUUAUUAUGCUUGUGCACUACAAAUCGAAGAUUAUUAUAAUUCUA